AGAGGUUAGGUCGGUUUGUCUCCUAAGGUUCCGGAGCGCGGGUUGGCAUCGUGGUAACAGACGGUGAAGACCCGAGGAGCGGCGCUCUCCUCGCCGCACACUUUUGAGCCCGGGUGUCCGCUACCCUCCGGCCCGCUGCCGGAGAUCCGAGUCCGAUGGCAGCGGCCGCGCCCAAGGACUCGGCUAAGUGUGGUGUGACCUUUGAGGACGUGGCCGUGUACUUCUCCUGGAAGGAGUGGAGGCUUCUUGAUGAGGCUCAGAGACGGCUGUACCACCACGUGAUGCUGGAGAACUUUGCACUUGUAUCGUCACUGGGUUGCUGCUGCGGAGCAGAGGAUGAGGAGGCCCCCUUUGCACAGAGCGCUUCUGUAGGCGUUUCACAGACCUGGACGCCCAGGGCUGCUCUGUCUUCCCGGAAGACCCACCCCUGUGAGAUGUGCGGUCCCGUCUUGAGAGACAUUUUCCACUUGGCUGAGCUCCAGGGGAAAGAAAACAGCCAGAAACGGUUGAGGUGUGGGGCCUGCGGGAAACGAUUUUCUUUCAGUGUGAAGUUGGAGCAGCAGCAGCAGCAGGAGCAGCCCACGGGAGCAAAACCAUUCAGAAGCCGUGUGGACAGGGCCUCUGCUGUCAAGAGCUGGGGAUCCAGUGGUUCGGGAAAGCCCUUUACCUGUGGAGAGGUUGAGAAGGACUUGCUGUCUGGCUCGGGGCAUCUGGGGCAAGAGGCCACUCGUACUGGGGAGAAGCCACACACGAUCCCCCACUGCAGGGCAACGAUACGACGCGGAAGCAGUCAUGGCACUUGGGGCGGAUGCAAGAACGCCUUUGGUCCCAUACACACAGAUACUCGGGAGCAGGGUGUCCACCUUGGUAGACAGUCCUUUGUGUGCAGUGAAUGUGGGAAAACUUUCAGGUACAAAUCCUUAUUUGCCAUACACCAGAGAUACCAUACUGGAGCACGACAUCAUGAGUUUGGUCCAUGUGGAAAAUCCCUUGGGCAACGACCAACUCUGAAUGAACAUGGGAAGACUCAGGGUGGAUCCAGGCAGUACACGUGCAGCAAAUGUGGGAAAUCCUUCAGUGGCAAAUGUGUCCCCCUUAAUGUCCAGAAAUUGCCCAGUGGAGGGAAAAAUUAUGUUUGUAGCGGGUGUGUGAAAUCUGUCAGCGGUAGCUCAGUGUUGAAUACUCAUAGGGUUCAGUCUGGAGAUAGGUUUUAUAAGUGUCGCAUAUGUGCAAAAUCUUUUCCGUCUAUGUCUGCCCUCUGUUAUCAUCAGCGAUCUCACACAGGGAAAAGACAGUAUGAGUGCAGUGAUUGUGGGAAAUCUGUUACCAGUAGGUCUGCCCUUCGUUCUCACCAGAGGGUUCACACUGAAAGAAAGCCUUAUAAAUCCAAUGAAUGUGGAAAAUCUUUUGCUGGUAGUUCUGCCCUACAUUAUCACCAGAAAAAUCACAGUGGAGUUACGCCUUACGAGUGCAGUGAUUGUGGGAAAUCUUUUGCUGGUAGUCUUGUCUUACGUUACCACCAGAGAGUUCACACUGGGGAUAGGCCUUAUGAGUGCAGUGAAUGUGGCAAGUCAUUUAUGCGAAAAACUAGCCUCAGUGUACACAUAAAGGUUCACUCAGGUGCAAGUCCUUAUGAGUGUAAUGAAUGUGGGAAGUCUUUUACUGCUAGGUAUUCCCUCCAUUUUCACCAGCGUGUUCACACUGGGAAAAAGCCUUAUCAGUGCCUUGAAUGUGGGAGAUCUUGUACUAGUAGUUCAGCCCUCCGUAGUCACCAGAGAGUUCAUACAGGAGAAAGACCUUAUGAAUGCCGUGAAUGUGGGAAGUCUUUUACUGGUAAUUCGGCCUUCCGUUAUCACCAGAGACUUCACAGUGGAGAACGGCCUUAUGAGUGCUAUGAAUGUGGGAAAUCUUACACUACUAGUGCUGCCCUCCGUUAUCACCAGAGUGUUCACACUGGAGAAAAGCCUUAUGAGUGCCAUGAAUGUGGGAAAUCUUUCACCAGUAGUUCCUCCCUUCGUUAUCACCAGAGAUUUCACACUGGAAAAAAGCCUUAUAAUUGCAGUGAAUGUGGGAAAUCUUUUGUCACUAGUAAACAGCACCGUACUCACCAGAUAGUUCAUAGUAGAGAGAGACCUUAUGAAUGCCCUGAAUGUAGCAAAUCCUUUCCCCGGAAAGAUACCCUCAAUGUACACAAAAAGCUUCACUCAGGUGAACGGCCUUAUGAGUGUAGUGAAUGUGGGAAAUCAUUUACUGCUAGUUCUGCCCUCCGUUACCACCAGAGGCUUCACACUGGGGAAAGGCCUUAUGAGUGUAAUGAAUGUGGGAAAUUAUUUACCGUUAGUUCUGCCCUCCGUUCGCACCAAAGACUUCACACAGGGGAAAGACCCUAUCAGUGCAAUGAAUGUGGGAAGUCCUGUACUACUAGUUCUGCCCUCCGGCGACACAAGAGAGUUCACACUGGAGAACGGCCUUACAAGUGCCAUGAAUGUGGGAAAUCAUUUACUGCCAGUUCUACCCUCCGUUAUCACAAGAGAGUUCAUACUGGAGAACGGCCAUAUGAGUGUAAUGAAUGUGGGAAAUCGUUUACUGUUAGUUAUGCCCUCCGUUCGCACCAGAGUGUUCACACUGGAGAAAAGCCUUACCAGUGCAAUGAAUGUGGGAAAUCUUUUAUUAGUCUUAGUGGUUUUAGAUAUCAUUACAGACUUCACACUGCAGAAAGGAUUUAAAACAGCACAGAAGGUCAAAAUUCUUGCUUAGUAGCAUUUAGGCUGCAGUACAACCUCUGAGGUGGCCACCUACCUGAAUUGAACGUGGUUCCCCAAAUGUCCCCAGUGGAGUGACUUCCCAUACAAUACAGCCAUUUGCAGAAAAAUUGGGAACCUGCAUCGUGCUUUCUGAUGGGGGCAGUCACCGCAAGAUGGCAGUCACUGGCAGUUUCUGGCACCUGGCAGUUCCCAGUAGUGUGCGUAUGUCAGCACCCUAACAUGGUUAAUGAUGUCGAGCUGUUCGCAUUCUCGACUGGUCAUCCAAAUUCUGGGUACCUGGAACCUCUCUUUCCGUUCCAGUUAGGGCAUGGAUGUGACCAUUGUUGAUCCACAGUGGGCGUUGUGAGUUCUGGGUGGUGACUCGCACAGGAAGGCUCAGUCCCACAGGGGUGUUGCUGGUCUCCUGAUGCUUUGAUGACUAUUUGCAGCUUCCAGGUCACCACACAGGAAUUGUGUGCCCCGUGUUGCUCUGAUUAAUGUAUCAAUAAGUGCCAUGUUUGUUUAAUUACCUUUGAUCUUGGAUAUUGUGUGCACUCGAAGGGGUGGUUUGAAAGCAGCAUCGAGCUCUCCCACAUGAAGGAAUGAGCAGAUCACAUUCCAUCCCAUUCUUGCUGUGUCUCUGAGAGGAACAUUGCAAAUGUAUCAGUAAUACUGAAGUGCAUAUACAUAUGUACAUACUCCAGCCUGUGUGUUAAUUUGCAUUAUAACCCAAGACCUUUGUGAUGAGCUGAAUUGUAUACCCAAAUCCGUAUUUUGCAGUAUGACCCCCAAUACCUCACAAGGUGAGGAUAGUUAGAGCAUCUUUAAAGACAUCAUGAGGUUGAAGUGGGUUAUUAGGAUGGACUCAUGCGGUAUGGCUGAUGCCGUGAGAAGAGGAGAUGAGGAAUCCGGCACCCAGGGAUGACCAUGGGCGGACACGGAAUCCCCAUCUGCAAGCCAAGGAGAGAGGCCUCAGAAGAAACUAACCCAGCUGACAUCUUAUGUUCAAUUUCGAGACUCCAGAUUGGGGUGAAAUAAAUUUCUCUUGUCUGGUCA